GCGGAGCGUGUCCUCAGACGAUGAGUCACCCCUGCAGGUCUAUAAAAUAAAGGUGCGCGUCUGCGGGCGGCCAGCAGCCUCCGGGCACAACCGUCAGGAUGCACCGGGCCUUCCUCGCCGCCCUCCUCCUCUGGAGCUGGGCUCGCUGUCGGUCCCUGCCCCUUCCCAGCGAUGGUGACGACGACCUGUCCGAGGAAGACUUCCAGUUGGCAGAGCGCUACCUGAAAUCCUACUACUACCCGAUGAAUCCCGCUGGAAUCCUGAAGAAAGCGGCCACGAGCUCCGUGGCCGACAGGCUCCGAGAAAUGCAAGCCUUUUUUGGCUUAGAGGUCACCGGCAAGCUCGAUGACAACACCUUAGACAUCAUGAAGAAACCGAGAUGUGGGGUCCCCGAUGUGGGCGAGUACAACGUUUUCCCCCGAACGCUCAAGUGGUCCAAGACGAACUUAACCUACAGGAUUGUGAAUUAUACCCCCGAUCUGACUCAUUCUGAAGUCGAAAAGGCAUUCAAAAAAGCCCUCAAAGUUUGGUCUGAUGUGACACCACUGAACUUCACCAGACUCCAUGACGGCACUGCUGACAUCAUGAUCUCCUUUGGAACUAAAGAGCAUGGCGACUUCUACCCAUUCGACGGACCCUCUGGUCUGCUGGCUCAUGCUUUUCCUCCUGGGCCAAAUUAUGGAGGCGACGCCCAUUUUGAUGAUGACGAAACAUGGACAAGUACUUCCAAAGGUUACAACUUGUUUCUUGUCGCUGCCCACGAGUUUGGCCACUCCUUAGGUCUCGACCACUCCAAGGACCCAGGAGCACUCAUGUUUCCCAUCUACACCUACACUGGCCAAAGCCACUUCAUGCUUCCUGAUGACGACGUCCAAGGGAUCCAGUCUCUCUAUGGCCCGGGAGAUGAGGACCCCAACCCGAAACAUCCCAAAACGCCGGACAAAUGUGACCCGUCCCUGACCCUCGACGCCAUCACCAGUCUCCGAGGAGAGACCAUGAUCUUUAAAGACAGAUUCUUCUGGCGCCUGCACCCCCAGCAGGUGGACGCAGAGCUGUUUUUAACAAAGUCCUUUUGGCCGGAACUUCCCAACCGCAUCGACGCCGCCUACGAGCACGCCUCCCGUGACCUUAUCUUCAUCUUUAGAGGCAGAAAAUUUUGGGCUCUUAAUGGUUAUGACAUUCUGGAAGGUUACCCCAAAAAAAUAUCCGAACUGGGAUUUCCAAAAGAUGUUAAAAAGAUAAGUGCUGCUGUCCACUUUGAGGACACAGGGAAGACGCUCUUCUUCUCGGGAAACCAGGUCUGGAGCUAUGAUGACAGCAAGCACGCCAUGGAUCAGGACUCCCCCAGGCCGAUCGAAGAGGACUUUCCAGGGAUCGGUGAUAAAGUGGACGCCGUCUACGAGAAAAACGGUUACAUCUAUUUUUUCAACGGGCCCAUCCAGUUUGAAUACAGCAUCUGGAGUAACCGUAUUGUUCGCGUCCUGCCAGCAAAUUCCCUGUUGUGGUGUUAAAUACUGUUGUUAUUUAAAUCCUGGAGAGCAUUUGAGAUAACACUUCCAGUGAUACUGGGUGUGGGGGACGACGGGGUGUCAGGGGAAAGCUUCGUUCCGUGAACAGGCGUCAGUAACUUAUCUUUGAAUGGGUGGGAUGUGUAUAGCUAGACGUGGCUGGAACCACAGUGAAUCUUCAAGUGAUGGAACGGAUCCUCUGUAAGGAUCGCCUCAUUGUUGUGCACUGCAGAAGUCGUACUCAACAGUGCUUCCCGCAGCAGAAAUGGGACAUAUGGGGUGUCAGAGACAGUUAGCAUCAUUUUUUAAAAUAUAUUUGUAAGGAAACUUUGCAAAGGUGUAGAAGUAAAUCAUAGUUACGUAAUUAAUGAAUCAUCUUUAUGAAAAAGCAUCAAAGAGUAUGAAAGUGGAAUUUGCCAGGGGCGUAAGGCACCAAGAAAAGACAAAAACCAGAGGGAACUAUCUGUCAUAAAGAUACUGUAGGGCAACUUUCCAAAGAAGCCAUUUUGGGUUUGCACUGACAACAUCUGAAUGUACAUGGCCCCGUUCAUAACACUAGGAUGUAUCAAAGUCACUAAAGAGGAGAGACAGAGGCCAAGGCUAAGGAUGAUACAUGUGCCUGUGGGUCCUGUUUAAUUUUCCCUUUGACCGUGAUUCCAGAGCUACUGUCAAAGAAGGCGUUUUUUGCCUGUUAUAGAAGAUAAAGAGAGACAGUUUCUUUUUGUAUCCAAACAUUUCAGGUCUCUCAAAAAUAUCAGAGCAUUAAAAUUCUUAUCACGAUGAUCUAAGGCCAUGGUAUCACUCUUUCAUAACUCAUCUGAUUAAGACUCAAAGUCGUAUUUUAGCCCUAUUUCGCCCCGAUAAUUGUUUUAAUUGUCCAGUUUACCUUGGAUGCACAGGCUAUGUUCCGAAGAUAGAGACUCGAACAUAUCUUAUAAACUGGAAGUAUGCUAAAACGGACACAUCCAAAGUAAAAGCGUUCUGCAUUCAACACGACCGCAGUCUUCUUGAGGGUGCGAACUAGCUUUCUCUCUCCUUCGUUCCCAUUCCUGUGAUCCCUCAGCACGUUUCCCUGCCUGGCACAGAGUUCACACUGAAUAUAGGAAUGACCACCGAGGGAGGAACAUCUUGUUCACAGAAGUUCAGGCAAAGAAAAUAAAGUGUAUUAUAUUUGCAGAAUGUGUCAG